GCGCAAGCCCGGUCUCCUACGCCCGGAUGCGGUCACGUGCCCACCGGGCGAGGCGGGGGCGGAGCGUCGCGGGUGGUGGGGGCGGGGUAUGGCGCGCUGUGCGGCGCAGGGCGGCUGGCACAAACGGCGGCGCCGGGGCCGGAGGAAAAACCUCGCCACCGUGACAGGUCCCUUCCCAAGCCCCUAGGGACAGCAGAGGACUUGGGGACCAGCAAGCACCCCCAGGGCACGAGAAAAGCCCCUGCCAUCUGCCCUGCCUCAUCCUGCCCCACGCCAGGCCCAGCCGCCCCGGCCCCCGGCUGCAUCAAGUGGAGGAGGAGGAGGUGGAGGAGGGUGGCACCAUGGGCCUGGGCCGUGCCCUCCAUGCCCGGGGGAUGAAGACACUGCUGCCAUGGACAGCCCGUGCCAGCCGCAGCCCCUGAGUCAGGCUCUCCCUCAGUUGCCGGGUUCGGUGUCAGAGCCCUUGGAGCCUAGCAGGGCCAGGAUGGGGGUGGAGAGUUACCUGCCCUGUCCCCUGCUGUCCUCCUACCACCGUCCAGGAGGGCCUGGUGAGGCCUCGGCGGGGAGUGGGACCCCCAGAGCUACAGCUACUUCCACCACAGCCAGCCCCCUGCGGGAGGGCUUCGGUGGGCAGGAUGGCGGCGAGCUGCGGCCGCUGCAGAGUGAGGGUGCUGCGGCACUGGUCACCAAGGGGUGCCAGCGACUGGCAGCCCAGGGUGCCCGACCCGAGGCCCCCAAACGGAAAUGGGCAGAGGAUGGUGGGGAUGCCCCCGCCCCCAGCAAGCGGCCCUGGGCCAGGCAGGAGAACCAGGAGGCAGAGACAGAGGGGGAGGGCUGCAGCAGUGGCAGUGGUGAGGCCAGCGCCGGGCUGAGGGAGGAGGUGCUGCCCGCUGCACCUGAGCGCCUGGCCCUGGACUAUAUUGUGCCCUGCAUGCGGUACUAUGGCAUCUGCGUCAAGGACAGCUUCCUGGGGGCGGCGCUGGGUGGCCGAGUGCUGGCAGAGGUGGAGGCCCUGAAGCGGGGCGGGCGCCUGCGUGAUGGGCAGCUAGUGAGCCAGCGGGCUAUCCCGCCACGCAGCAUCCGUGGGGACCAGAUUGCCUGGGUGGAAGGCCAUGAGCCAGGCUGCCGAAGCAUCGGUGCCCUCAUGGCCCACGUGGAUGCUGUAAUCCGCCACUGUGCUGGGAGGCUGGGCAGCUACGUCAUCAAUGGGCGCACCAAGGCCAUGGUGGCAUGUUACCCAGGUAACGGGCUGGGGUACGUGAGACACGUUGACAAUCCCCAUGGCGAUGGGCGCUGCAUCACCUGCAUCUAUUACCUGAAUCAGAACUGGGAUGUCAAGGUGCAUGGCGGCCUGCUGCAGAUAUUCCCUGAGGGCCGUCCCGUGGUAGCCAACAUUGAGCCACUCUUUGACCGGCUGCUCAUUUUCUGGUCUGAUCGGCGGAACCCCCAUGAGGUGAAACCAGCCUAUGCCACCAGGUACGCCAUCACUGUCUGGUAUUUUGAUGCCAAGGAGCGAGCAGCAGCCAAAGACAAGUAUCAGCUAGGUUUCCUUGGUCUCUUAGUUCCGUCCCUGAUGACUCAGUCUCCUGUCCCCCUUCACCCCCAGCAUCAGGACAGAAGGGUGUCCAAGUACCUGUAUCACAGCCGACUACGCCCACCUAGUGGCUAGCCCCAGAGCUGCACGGACAGACAGCUUGCCUGACUUCGGGAGAGCCCUGGGCCCGGUGCCGCCAGUCACGGUGCCUGUUCCUGCCCCGCCACUGCCGCUGCUUCUGACUUUGCCUCUGUUUUGCCUGGUGUGGAGGGCUCCAUCCAUCGCUGAGGACCAAGGAGGAGGAGAGACCUCUGCUGCCCUGGGCUGGGGGCUGGGGUUGUGACCUGGGCAGAGGCCGGUGUUGGGGACUGCCAUUACUGGAGCUGGGGGCCUGUGUCCUGCCCUGUCUGGUCAUGCAUGUCCCUCUCAGGUUUGGAGAGCUGGAAGGAGGCGUUGCCACCUCCCACCAGAAUGCAGGAUUUGGGGUUGGGGUGAGUCAUGGCCUCUUGCUGGCAAAGGUUGUGGGGGAGUAUCCCCAAGCCCCCCACUCCUCCAGCCUGGAACAGGAAGUGACUCCCCAGCCCCUUUGGCCACGGCACCUUUUGGACUAGGCUGCCGCUGCUGGGCAGGAUGAAAGGUGCUGGGAGGAGCAUGGGCCUGCAAGUCCUGUCAGCCAAGAAAUAAAAGUUUACCUCAGAGCUGCACACAUCUGACUGACU